GGGCGAAUGUUGGUGAUCGGAGAGGAGAGAGUAAGGGGUGGUUGAGCACGAGAGAAAACCGCUACGAUGUACCGCAGUACGGGGUGGUGAGCUGCGAGCUGGCUCCUCGACAGUGAAAAACCAGUGAGCUGGAGGACAACCUGACACAAUCUACAGUGAUAUGUUAUCGGAACUGAUCUGUCUUGUCCAAGCGGUUUGCGAUCCGCCAUUUCCAUUCACCAAAAUUCUCAUACGUUUCGAUUCUCAUGAAUCGCAUCAACACGAGUUUUUCAUACCAUUGAACGUGGUAUCAAGGACAACUUCGUUAUUUUACGCAUCUGCCUGAGAAACUGUUCGAUCUUUGUAAGAGGGAAAAAUAUUCUUGUCGUGUGUGUGGAUGUAAUUCGGACAAUCUAUGGGGAUGUCGUAACUUUUGUGUUAUGUCAAGGCCGAUGCAGUAUGUAACGUGUCGAUAUGUCUCAUUGGUCCAACCACGGUAUCUCGAACUUAGACACUUGUCCCUGGAUUUCACUGGAGGAAAAUGCGCCACGUUACCGCGAUAUUGAGAAUACCGGAUGAUAUUUGUCAGCGGUUAAAUGUUCCGUGAAAUUUCCUCGUGAGCCCUGAUCAGCUGAUUCUCCGUUUCUUCACCAAUGGCAAUCGAGGCUGUGAAAACUGUUAACGUUCGACGACGGUGAACGUCGAUUUAAUAUUCAUCGGUGGUCACCUUGAAAACCUUCCAUAGAAUUUUUUCUUAUACUUAUAAUCUCGUAUCGAUCAAAUCCAACAAUGCGCGGUUCGUUCUUGAAACGAUGAAUACGGAGAUUGAUGAAGACGAAGUAGACAGUAACGUUCCAGUGAAUAUUCAUCGAAUUGAUAGCUAUUCGUUGUUUAUGAAAGAAGGAAAAUCUAUAUCGUGUGUUGUUUUCAAGUGUACGAUAGUUACUUAUUCGUGAAGUAUAUGACGUUUGUGCUAACGUACAUUAACAGAUUUACAUUAUGGACGAAAUCUGAAGGUAACAUCAAAAAUAAUUUCGAAACACGCACAGUACUCGGCAAGCCAUAACGAUGCUCUUUUUAGGAGAUUAGUGGGCAAUAUAAAGCUGAUCGCUUUGCAACUUGUCGCAAACAUUUCUAAUCAAACGCUUAUAAUAGUUCCCACCAUACAAUCGAAUGUUUCAAUCAAGAACAAUAUGAUGAAAUAAUAUUGCAAUGAUCGUGACCUUAGAUACUGACCAUCACGUGACUUCGUUUAGAUCAAUCAGAAGUCUGUCGUGACAAGAAGCUGCUACGUAUUUUUGUUGAAUGGAAAGCUGGUCGUUAAAACCACAGCGAUCAGUUAAAUCGCCUCUGAGAACGUUAAAGCAAUUUGUUUAAUUAUAUGUUUAUGAUACCUUCCUUUUUGGUCGAUACAACGAACAAGCAUUGGCGGAAGCAUUCACAUUUGCACACGGAUCAAACAGAAUUAUGACAAUGUGUUGUACAAAUAACAAUGAUCAUUUGAAUUCUCUGAAAUUAGCAUCACCGGGGAUAAUGAGUAUGUAUUUAUCGAACGUAUCGCGUAGCUUCAGUGCAUCGACUGCUAAUGCAGCAUUAUAAUGUUUGUCGAUACAAUGGCAAUAACCACGAGAUUGACUGUUAUUUGACAUCAAUUAAAAAGGUGAUAACUGCUGAACGAAACAUUUUUUAGCAGACUUGCUACACUCGUUAAAUUUUUGAAGAUCAUUGUUAAACAUAGAUGAUAGAAUUACUUAGAGGAUACUUUUAAGAUUGUUGUUGAAGUUGCUCACAUUUGAUAGUUACGCUAGAUUCGUUAAUAGCUGUUGCACAGUUAUGCAAUAUAUGCGAAACGUUAUUUCGCGCGUAUUUUUAAACAAUUUUCCUUACAUUGAUAUUGCAAUUACGUCGAGUAUAUACAGAAAUAUAUUGAAAUGUUGUAACGAUUUUGAUUAUAAGGUAUGGAGUAUAUUGUGAGAACACUGCACUUGUUAACUGGGGUCACUAACCCUAAGAAAUUUCUAAAAUACGAUUUCGUCGAUCGAUUCUAAAGGAAAAUUUGCAUUUUUCAAUCCAAGCGUAAUUUCACGUUUCAUUCAAACGUUCUGCGAAACGUUUAAUAAAGCAAAUUUCAAAGUGGAUAGUUAUUAAUUUUCCACGCUUAAUUGCCAAUAUUUAACUCUUAAUUAAUUAAUUGUAAACAUACAUUAUAUACAUAGUUACAUAGUUUACUCGUUACAGCGAAGUUAAGAGAAAUUCAAUUAGCGAAUUCCUCCAAUUGCAAAGCAUUCGGACAAACUUUUUCAGUCGGAGAACAAUUUAUUUGAUAGUUUUCACGAGAGAACGUUUUCGUGAGAUAAUUCCAACUUUUGCCAACGACUUGCAAAGGAAGAAUAAUAUGUUCCUAAGGAUGUAACGUUCCGCCAUCGAAGGUGGCAAUCAUCGAGUUUGAUACAUUAAGCGUAUCGAUUAUAAAUUAUAUCGGUACCUCGAAGCUAGUACAAAUUGCUUUCGAAGUGAUUAAAUUCUUAACAUAAAGAAAAUUCCUAAUAUAAAUCGUUUUAAGGAACAGAAAGAAGCAAAAGGAGAAGAGAAUUAAAAAAUCAAAAUCAAUAUUCAUAAUAUAAAUUAUCGUAAGGAACGGAGGAAGGCAAAAAGCAAAAAAGGAUCAAAAAUAAAGAAUCAAAUAAUUACAAUAUUCGAUUCUAUAUCGUUAUUUUAUUAAUCUGCUAAUCAUGAUGGAAAACGAUUUCAAGUUGUGCAAUCGGUUUGACUGUUUAAAAGUAAUUCGCGACUUAUUGAAAUACGACGUUUGGACGCAUCAUAUUCCCAUGACGUAGUCCGCAAUGUGAGAGUGGCGAUUUGAGGAUGAUGUUAUCGGAGGGACAUCAUAGAUCGAUUCGUACGCUAGUUGUACGAUCACGCGCAACAAAGUGAAGCUUCCACCAGGAAAGAAGGAACAUCGGGCGAACGAGUCGGCGUUCCGUCAACUGUUCGCCCUGUUUCAUCAGCGUAAGCCUCGGGAUCCUCUUCGAGGCCAAAACGCUGCCUCGUCGGUUCCUUUACUCGAGAUGGGCGCUAGAGCAUGGGACUACGAGGCACUGCCGGAACUCCAUACCUCGGCGGCUGUCACACCUACUUCCACGCCGCCAAAUGCACAGCAGAAGACGCAUCCGCCGAGGGUCUACUUCCAGGCAGAGAAUUUGGCCUCCACCAGGAGACGGAGCAGCUCAAGGUUACUCGCUCCUCAAUCCUCCAGCAGGAGACGCAGCAGAAGCAUGAGUGCAUGGGGUGAUCUGUCGAGAUCGUCGUUCAAACUCGAUGAGAGAGUUCGUGUUGAAUAUUACGUGAACGAGAACACGUUCAAGGAACGACUUCAGCUGUACUUCAUAAAAAAUCAACGCUCGAGUUUGAGGAUACGAUUAGCUAACUUGUUCUUCAAGCUACUAACAUGCUUCUUAUACAUAUUCAGAGUGAUCACCGACAACGAUCCAACUUACGCAGCAUGUUACGGUUGCACGCCCGGCAACAAAACCGAGUUCCUCGCGUCCCAGAAUCUUACCGAGGAGGAAUUUCAAGAGCAUCCGACCAUCAACUGGGACGCGAUUUUAUGGGUGAGAAGGCCGUUGGAAUUGUGGGUCGUCCAGGUGAUCCUGGCAAUAGUAUCACUUACGGAAGCAUUGCUGCUCGCCUAUUUGGGUUACAAGGGAAACAUCUGGCAGCAGCUUCUCUCUUUCCACUUCAUCCUGGAACUAGUCAACACCAUUCCGUUCACCAUCACGCUACUUUAUCCGCCGAUGCGAAAUCUGUUCAUCCCGGUAUUCCUAAACUGCUGGUUGGCAAAGCAUUCAUUGCAGAAUAUGUUCAACGAUCUACACAGAGCUAUGCAAAAGUCCCAAUCAGCUUUAAGUCAGCAACUUAUGAUCCUUAGUGCUACGUUACUGUGCCUUGUCUUUACUAGCGUAUGUGGGAUUCAACACUUCCAGAGAGCGGGGCACAGGCAUCUGAAUCUGUUUCAAAGCACAUAUUACGUUGUAGUCACGUUUUCUACGGUCGGCUACGGGGAUUUUGUACCUGACAUUUGGCCCUCGCAGCUUUACAUGGUCAUCAUGAUCUGCGUUGCUCUCAUAGUUCUACCUACUCAGUUUGAGCAGUUGGCUUUCACGUGGAUGGAAAGACAAAAACUAGGUGGCUCGUAUUCCUCGCACAGAGCGCAAAGCGAGAAACACGUGGUGGUAUGUAGUACAACGCUGCAAGCCGACACCAUCAUGGAUUUUCUAAAUGAAUUUUACGCCCAUCCCCUUCUACAGGACUACUACGUUGUAUUAUUGUCACCUAUGGAACUGGAUACCACGAUGAGAAUGAUUCUACAAGUGCCCAUUUGGGCGCAAAGGGUAAUCUAUAUUCAAGGAUCGUGUUUGAAAGAUAGUGAUCUUACCAGGGCGAGAAUGAACGAGGCCGAAGCCUGCUUCGUUCUUGCUGCAAGAAAUUACGCUGACAAAACCGCUGCUGACGAGCACACGAUACUCAGGUCGUGGGCAGUGAAGGAUUUUGCACCAAACGUUCCUCAGUACGUACAAAUCUUCCGUCCGGAGAACAAACUUCACGUGAAGUUCGCGGAACACGUGGUGUGCGAAGACGAAUUCAAGUACGCCCUUUUGGCGAAUAAUUGCACGUGCCCUGGUGCUUCGACCUUGGUUACUCUUCUACUGCACACUUCCAGAGGACAAGAGGGACAGCAAUCGCAAGAAGAGUGGCACAGGCUGUACGGUAAAUGUUCGGGAAACGAGAUUUAUCACAUUAUUCUCGGAGAUUCUCGAUUUUUCGGCGAGUACGAGGGUAAAUCCUUCACUUACGCGUCCUUUCACAGUCAUCGGAAAUACGGGGUGGCAUUAGUCGCGGUCCGCCCAGCGGAACUUCCGGAAUUUUACGAAGAUACCAUCCUUUUAAAUCCUGGUCCGCGACACAUAAUGAAGAAAACGGACACCUGUUACUACAUGAGCAUUACAAAGGAGGAGAAUUCGGCGUUCGUGGUGGCGAACAACCAAACUGGAACCGUGGCGGAGGGUACGCAAGUGGUCGUGGAGACGAAGACCGAUGGGACCGGAAACACGAACAGUAAUUCGGCCAGCAACACAACAACGAACAACACCACUACCACGAUGAAUUCUGGCACAGGGGCAGGCACUACAACGACUACGACGACGACGAUCUCUACCAGCUGCACGAUCGCCGGUGGUGAUGGGAACGGUACUGCAAACAAGCCCGGUGCCAACGAGCACCAUCGUUAUUCCAACAGUUGUAACAAUGCGCUGAACGAAACAGCUUGCUGCAGACAGGAGACGACCUGCACGGGGCCCCGUGGACAGAACGUACACGGUACACAGGCACACAGGGCCCCACAGGUUAUUUUGCAGGUCCUCCCUAGCACGCCCACACCACUCGAACACCACAACAUACUCGCAUCCAAUGUCCACCCAACCUAUUUAGACCCAGGAGGAUUUGGAGAUUCGCGACAGUGUUUGAAAGAUGGAGGAUCUUCGCCGCAGACACCGAUAACCGGAAAUCAUUUGGACGUUCCACGAUCCUUAGAUCCUAAUCCCAAUCUGCUGAGUCCCGAAAUUCUCACACAAAGAAGAGGAAGUAGAAGACCGAGCAUUUUACCAGUACCGGACAUGUUAACGAGCUCAACCUUGCAUCUUCCCGGUCAAGAGUCUUUGGACCACGAAGGUGACGAGUCUGAGGACGAAAUGGACGACGACGUACCUUGGAGAUCGCCCAGCGAGAAAAUAGCGAUCGUUAAAGGAUUUCCACCUGUUUCACCCUUCAUAGGGGUCUCGCCAACUUUAUGUUAUUUGCUGAAAGAAAAGAAACCACUCUGUUGUCUUCAGCUUGCACAGGUGUGCCAACAUUGUAGCUACAGAAACGCGAAAGAGUACAAUUGGCAGAAUAAGACCAUAAUCUUGGCAGCUGAUUACGCUAGUAAUGGGAUCUAUAACUUCAUAAUUCCUUUAAGGGCUCAUUUUAGGUCCAAAACUUCGCUGAACCCGAUCAUUCUUCUGCUGGAACGGACACCGGAAAUUGCUUUCCUCGAUGCGGUGUCUUACUUUCCUUUGGUGUACUGGAUGCGAGGUACCAUCGAUUGUUUGGACGAUCUUCUUCGCGCUGGUAUCACUCUAGCGGAAAACGUCGUCGUCGUAAACAAGGAACUUAGUAAUUCCGCAGAAGAAGACACUUUGGCUGACUGCAAUACCAUCGUCGCGGUUCAGACGAUGUUUAAAUUCUUUCCUAGCAUAAAAAGCAUAACGGAGCUCUCACAAUCGAGUAAUAUGCGUUUCAUGCAAUUCAGGGCACACGACAAGUACGCUCUUCAUCUCAGUAAAAUGGAAAAGAGGGAAAAGGAAAGAGGCUCGCACAUAUCUUACAUGUUUCGAUUGCCUUUUGCGGCUGGCAGUGUCUUCAGUGCUUCUAUGUUGGAUACACUUCUUUAUCAAGCAUUUGUUAAAGAUUAUAUGAUAACGUUCGUGAGAUUGCUGUUGGGUGUGGAUCAAGCGCCAGGCUCUGGAUUUUUGACAUCGAUGAGAAUUACGAAGGACGACAUGUGGAUCAGAACCUAUGGUAGAUUAUAUCAAAAGCUGUGUUCGACUACUUGCGAAAUUCCCAUUGGUAUUUAUAGAACGCAAGACACCACAGUUUCAGACACGUCUCACGGCGACUCAGACGCGGAGAGCGAUGCCGGCGUCGGCGUGACGUACAAGGUGCGUCAUUCGGCGGCAGCUUCGUGCCUUGCGAAUUGCGCCACCCGCGACAAGGGUGCCUCAGCUCAGUACUCCGUAAGCCUCGGGGACGAGGCACGAGACAACCAUGCCCAGCAGAUCGAGAGAGCCGAGAUCGCCAACUUGGUCCAUUCCAGGAUGGAGUCGUUGAACCUCCCAGUAGCCGAUUACGACGACGUCUCCGAGAAGCGAAACAGCCUCUCCUACGUGAUCAUCAAUCCCAGCUGCGAUCUGAAGCUCGAGGAAGGUGACAUCGUGUACCUAGUUCGACCAAGUCCGUUCUCCGCGCAGAAGACCUUCGAACGACACAAUUCGAGGAGAAAGAGCAACAUCAGCUUCUGUUCGGCUCAACUGGUAUCGCAAAUGAGCGCAGCAGUAGCUUCGGCCGGUUUAGCAGGAGCUGGGGCAGGAAGUCGUCGAGGAUCGGGAAUCGGUUUGCCUAGAGCUCCUCCGUUGAGCACCACCAAAUCGAAUUCCUUGUCCUUACCAGACAGUCCGACGGUGGCUGGCGCUCUACGUGGUCGUUCCAAUUCUCUGAGAGUGGUCGACGAUAUUCUGCUGAGACGUAGCAACUCGUUGAGACAAGGACUGACGAUAAGUAGAAGAAAAAGCAGUUUAGAAGACAUAGGUUUAGGUGCUCUGUCGCAUCCCUCGAACCACAACCCGAUUAAAAUAGCGCUGAAUGGAUCCAUUGGUCUGGAGGUAACUCCACCUGAGGAAGGCUCCCAGACAGCUAUAGCUAGCAACACAGGAAUCCUGGACGUGGGUCUGCCUUCUAUGCCAGAGUUGACCGCUGCCCUGGGAUCCAACAUCGAUCCUUGUCUAGGUGGAUCUCUAGGUGGAUUGUACGAUCCUCCGAAUCUUCAGGGGCCGUUAGGUUCACAGUCGCCGCAGAUCCAAGGCGGUACGCAGGAUCCUCAGUACAUACAGGGGACGAUCGUAUGAUAUAACCUUAUGUGGGGACGCAGGCUCUCCGGCAUGGUGCGAAACAAAUGGCUGUAGCGUUCCCACAUGACACGUCAAGAUCACUAGUUGGGAUGUUGAUUCUCAGCAUCCCGAUUGCCGACGAUUUUGGUGGGAUUAAAUGGUGGUGACGAUAACGAUGAAUUACGAGGCGGCCGGAGAGCAAAGGUGUUUGUGUCACAGAGGAGGAUGACACACUGUGGUCGGACUUUUAUGAUUACGGUGAACAGCUUAGACGAAUUUUUUACUCCGUUCUACUUUGGUAGUUUGAGUUUAGCUUAGCGGCGAUGGUAGAACGAAGAUAGUCGACUCGAACCAUCGGGGACCUAACGUUGCGACGUCGUAUAGUCGCGACCGUGAUACGCCGGAACGCUGAUACUUCGUUUUCUAUAUCUGGAUGGAACUGGGCGUUAGUCGUUGUAAGUCGUGUGACUCGUUUUAAGUAAUUGUUACAAGCCAUAAUCGUAAUUAGUCGAACAAAUGAUCUAAUUACGUUUGUUCAAAUGAUAAAUUAUCGGUUGAUCUCUGAUAAACCUAUCGACUUCUUCUCGUUCGAUAUAUAUGUAAUUCUGAUUUAGUGUUACAGAAAAUUUCAAAGUUUAAUACGAACUUUAAAUUAUUUAAAUUAGUACGAAUAAAAUGAAUCAUAUGUAGAAGCGUUAUUCGAUUGAAAGUUUCGUUCGAACGAUGCCCAGUUCAACCAACGUAUGGUUGUUUCAACGAAGAUACGAUACUAUGUUAAUAAUAAUUCUCUAUUUGUAGAUAGUGCGAUCAGGCGUUUCGAGCAAUCACAAUUUGUUGCGAGUUUCGUUUUAAAAAUCCAUUGAUAUAUCUCGUGGCGUGUGUAGUGGUCUAUGUUCUUAAAACGGUUUGCUCUCUAGUCGACUCUAGCGUCCCGACCUCCGUGGAUCCGAUCGAAAUUUUCAGCGAUCCAAAACGACGACGAGUAUAUGCUAGAUGAAGAAACUCGCGGUAACGCGUGCCAGAGGUCCAGUGACGCGGUUAAUCAAUUCGAGAAAUUAUUAAAGCGAAGAAGAAAGAAGCUUGCGACGAUGGACAAGAUUUAACGACUCUAUGAUACAUUUGAAAAUUGAAUGAAAUAUAAUUAAUUGUAUGGUUAAAUAUUUAAAACGGUAUAAUUCCUUUUUAUUCGAUAAGAAACUGAAACCUAAAAAUUUAUAUCAAUAUGAAAUUACAUAAAUAUAAAAUUAUUUAGAGCAUAUGACACGCAUGCAGAUUAAUCAGAAAUUUAUUUAUCGGCACAAAAGCGUUGAAAACCUCUUAGCACUUUAACGUUACGAAUUAUGUAUCAUUUUUUACCACUAUUAACGUUCGAAAUCAAGAUAAUUUUGAUUUUUAUAAGUGUCUAAUACAAUAGUAAAAUUUUUUUAUAUCUUCAACGAUGACAUACCAUUUACUUUUGUAAACAUUUUUCUACCUUUUGUAAGGUACUUUUGUACCUCGUAUUUUGUACCUAAUCAUGAGUUUCUGAAUACAUGGUAGAUUCUGAAUUUGCUAUCAUUUCAUCGGAUAAAGAGAAAUGACAAAACACGCGAAUUUUUUCGAGUAACGUAACAAGUAUUAACCAUAUGCUAAAACGAACAGUUUAUAUCCGAUAAUAUUUAGUAUACAGCGCUGAAGAAAAUAAAUUCUUGUCCUUCGUCACACGCGAUAGCCGACAGAAGUAGGUAAAAAGAAAGAAACGUCUCCCUAGUGCAAACCCCGAUUCUAACGUAGAGUCACGUUCUCGGGGGUGAACGUGAGAUAAUUUUAUACUAGAACCAAUUUACGACAAGAGUAUAUCUUAUAAAUAUGAUUAUAAAUAUAAAUACAUGACCAUUUUAAUCAUAUCAUACGAGGAACUCGGAAAAACACCGAUUGGUGAAGGAUCGUUAUACGUCUAGAGAAGAUGAACAGGAUAGGACCUGUAAGAGCGAAGAAUUGAGAAUAAAGCUUCGCGUUCGAAUUAAUCACGCUACUUGAAUUCAAACUUGAAGAGACUUUAAGUCAAAUGACACUGAAUGAAAAAGGUAUAUAUUUCGAGUCACGUAAAUGACAAAUUCACAUUGGUAAAAUGAUUUUCAAUGGUUUGAAUUCGGAUAAGAAUCGAGGUAAAACUGAGUAAUUUGAACGAAGCUUGAUAAAAUUCUUCGAUUAUAACGGUCCGUAAGCCUGGUUCUACGUUUGCGAAAUAAUCGAAAUAAUCGACUAAUAAACAGAAAAGAUAAUCGUCUAGUCGAAAAUGUAGUUGCCAUUCGAUCGAACGAAGGUUACUCACUUUUAUGCAAACGCGAUCUUUACUUCUCUUCUUAUGAUUAGUUGGAAACAAGGCAAUCCUCGUUGAAAUCUUUUAUCGAAGUUCUUCGAGUUUAUAAUGUUUAAUCGGACGAAUUGUUUGUUCUUAGCGAUGAAAAAGAAACAAGAUUCAAGAGAAAAAAAGAGAGUAAAGUUUCGACAAUCCGUUUAAUCAGUUAGGUGAAUACGUAGCCGUCGUUAGUAACGACUUAAUUGUAUCUAUAUAUUAUAUUUCUUGACUCAAUCGUUUCUCGACCAAUUUACACGUUUCUCCGACCAAACGUCAUUUUAUCGAGUACCUGCUUCGAUGCUGCUUCCGCUACGCCAGGCCCGUUUUGUCCUUCGAUUAUCAGCGAUCGGAUUAGCUUCAUCUUCUGGUUCUUAGUCGAAGAAUAUCGUCAAUAUACUAUAUAUUACUCGAGUCCAUCGAACUAUAUCGAAAUACGAAAGAAUUUCCAAAAACAAUCAUCGUAAAAGGCCCAGCGUGGACUGUUUUCCGAGCACGAGUCCGAUUAAAGCCAAACAGAUUCUGCAUUUUUCGUUAUAGCGCAUAAACGAAGCGAAUCGAUCGAUCUCCCUGUCAAUCCCUAUAGUUCACGUAAUCAUUAUUCUAUUUAGCCAAAUAUGCAAAUGAAUUUUCUGUAGCGAUCGAAUCGUUGAUCCAGCCGCGAGCAUUUUACACUCUCUUCGAUAUACUUCUCUGGCCCGUUUUUUCAGCCUCUUUGACUUUCUCUCGCUCAUUAACUCUCUGUCUUUCUCACCUUGAUUAGCGUAACGAAACCCGUCCCGUCUACGUACAUCGACCAUCUUCGUCGACGUUGAUGGCUCGUAGAGUUUAGUACACAGUUUGUGACGCAGCCGUGGUAUUUUUCAACGAUGAUUUUCUAUGAUCUAACGACGAAAGCACCGAAAACGAGUCUCUGGUUGAUCCAGAGAUCUGUACGUUUUGCUCUGACUAUGAAAACUCGAUGCGAAGGAUUCUACAAACGUUUAGUUUAAUAAAAGUCAGAAAGCAUGUAGAGGUUCGAAAAGUAUAGCUGUAACGUGGUAACGAAUGAAAACUCGUGUAUAAGCUUUUCAAAGUUCGAGGACAUCGAUGGAUGUUGAUAAGCUCGUAGCACUCGUGAUAAAUAUUCAUAUGUGGCAAGUUUUUAUUUAAUCUUCUGUAAUGUGAUGCAGUGGAAUCCGGAUUAUCGCUGAUUAAUAUCGAUUAAUGGAACACUCGAUUAAUCGAAAAUUUAAAGACGGACUUUUGUAAGGGAAAUUGAAAAAGAAGAAUAGAAGUUGAAAGAAAUUGUUACAUUUUUAUGCAAAUGAUUCUUUUUUCCUGUUCGACAUUAGAUGAUACUUGUGAAAUAAAUUCAGAUUUUUUAUAGAAGAUUAAAUAAGAACUAAAUAGCUUCGUGUUAAGAAAACGAAAUUGCAAAACGUGAAUCACAAACACGAUUGAAACAAAAAUUACGAAAUUCCGACAGAAAUCUUCUGGCAGGACAAGUUCCUGUGAAUCUUGUAUUUUUCGAUAUUAAAGGGAUUCUGCUACCUAUAUCUUUACCGACUCAACGACCGAAGUGAAAACGAAAAAAAUAAAAAAAGACAGAACAAUAAAAGCAUAAAAAAAAAUACGGGCUAUAUUUAAUAAUAAAAGAAGAAAACGUAAUGGAAAUUCUAUAAGAUACUAACAGAAAGACAUUCUUUCAGCAGUGUACAUAGAUUAAUUGUCAUAGAAUCGAUCGAAAACCAAUGUGACCUGAAACUAAAGCGAGUAGCGUGUUAUUACUAUGAGUCGUCGUUCAACAAAAAGCGAUGUGAAAGUAAAACUGUCCUCGAGUGUAUGUGAAAAAUCCUAGUUACGUCUGACAUAAGAAAACCGAUUGUCCAUGAUUCUGUUAACAUUUGUAUAAACAUUAGCAACGAUGUGAAAGCGCGAAACUCUGGUAUCCGUGAGUGGGCAAGUGACAUUUUUUAUUAACAAGCGACUUUGAAAAAAUGAAAACAAAAGAAAAAUACGAAGAAAGACGAGAGAAGGGCGAAUUGGGAAAUAAUGUAAACGGUACCGUAAACGUAAAAUAAAGUAAAGAGAGAACGCGAACGAACAUUUCGCGGAUAUAUCGCUAUGUUAACAAUGGAGAUUAAUAUUACGGUAAUAUUAAGAAACUUCAGACGAGUAUAUAUCAGAAAAAAAAUUAUCGUCGUGUCUUCAUAGGAAAAAAAAAAAAAAAGAAA